ACUCUGGUAAAAUAACAAUGUCAGUGCUGGCCAAGUGAUACAAUCAGAGUGGCGAAUAUUUACGUAUAUGUGGCUACAUACAUUAGGCCUUUUACUAAAUUAGAAGAGAAACUUAGAUAAGUUUAUAAAAUGUGGUUUCUAUACGUUCUAAGUUGGAUCGCUUUGAUUAUUCAACUUUGCAUCGUCACACUGUCUAUAGGUAAACUAAAAAUAAGGGAUUAGCCUACCAAAAAACCAUCAACUUGACUUAUACUUAUAGUACUUAUACUUAUAUUAAUAAUUUAAUUAAUUACUUUGGUACUUCUUACUUUAACACUUUUACUUUAGAAGUCGUCUAGUAGCUAUUGAAGUAAGCCUACUACUAGAGUCUACUACUCUUCUCAUUAAAAAACACCUUCACUGAAAAAGGUUUAUAACAAAAAUAACAAACAAACUUCCACUUUAAAAAUUCAUAGCUAUAGGCGCCAUAGCUCAAAAUCAAAAACUACUACACUAGACUAGAGUCUAGACUAACUAAACAUGACUAAAGAUAGAAAGUUAAUUUUGUUAACUUUUUUUUUAAACCUCUUAGAUGGAGCAUUUUUUAACUGUCAGUUCCUAAGAAGACAGCCCUUUUCACAACCUCUGCACUUACGUUGCAAAAACAUUUAUGAAAAAUAAACUUAUUACUUUAAAAAUAUAUAAAACUUUUUUGUGUCUGCGCGUGGGGGCGGGCAAAAAAAAAUCUUGGUCAGCUGUGGCCUCUGGGUGACAUUAUCCCUAGCUACGCCAUUGCCUCCUUGACCCAGAAAAGAAGUAGUAGUAGGGACUUUAGGGAAAAAUUCAAUUAAAAAAAACAAAACAGUACACAGUACAUGUCUAUUUUGCUUGUAAAAAUAGCCGAUAGAAGGAAGUAGGGAGGAAGGCCAAAGCCCACUGUAGCAUCACAGGGACAAAAUAGCUGAUAAAGCCAUAGAGUUGAUAGAGCAAACUAACCCUUUUGAGAUGGCUGGGCCGAUCCAUCGGCUCAGGGUGUUAUAUCAAAAAAGGUGAAAGGCUGAUCCAUCAGCCCAGUAAUAAAAGCCUCGAUAUAGGCUAGCUGGUAUUGUACAAGCUAAUCAGAUUGUUUCUCGUAUUUCUUGCUCUAAAUUUUUUAGGCUGCUAAAUAUAAAUUAAAUAUUAAUGAAUUAAAGAUAAAUGCAUCCAGAAAUGAAUAAGGUUAAAUAAAAAUAAAUCAUUAACUGCGGAAAAAAUAAUUAACAAUGACCAAUAAAUCUAUUUUUGGCCCUUCGGACCAACACAUGCUAGAUAUAGAAGUAUAUUAAUAAGACACGAACAAAUUGUGUCAAUAGAACAAUAUGAGUUAGCUUUAAUAAUAAUUGUACAUUAUACAGAAUUAAACGUUUCGGCACAUGCCUUCAUCAGUACAAACAAACACAACACAUUUAAAUAAGUAUAAAUUAAAUUUACAUAAUGUCAAUAUAUAUAUCCUACCUAAAACAGAAAAAAAUUUGUUCGUGUCUUAUUAAUAUAUUUUAAAGCUUUAUUGCAGUCCAACACUUUUUAUAGAUAUAGAAGUACUAUACUAAAGCACACACAAAUUGAAAGUGAAACAAGAUUAAAACAACUGGAAGUCUCGAGGGAGGCAAGAUUUCAUUGCUAUUUUAAAAUAAAAUGAGAUAGAGGUGUGUCGCUAUGCGCAGGAAAGCAUUUAAAGCAUCCGUUUAGGCGCAACUGUUGGGAAUGAAUUAAUGGCAGCUUCCAUUGAUAGUUAAUGGUGUUGUAUCAUUUUAUGUCAACUUAAAAAAAAUUUUUUUUUAAAAUACUUAGUGGCCCCUAUAGAUGCUUAAAAAAUAUGUGACCUUGAAAUAUGCUAAAAGGCUUAAGCAGCCCUCGGAGAAUAAUUUGUACAGCGUUUCUCAUCCCAUCUCAUUCAAAUAUGGGUUGGGACCUAUUUAGGCUUUAACAAUCCUACAAUUAAACAAAAUUCUACAUUAAGACAUGUUUGUUCUAAAAUUAAAAAAAAAAUUCAUGCAUAAAUUAUACAAAUAAGGAUAACUAAUUAGCUUAAAUGUUGAGAUUUCAGUUUGAUACUUCAAGAUUGUAUUAGUUUAUUCACUCCCUACAACAAUAUAUAUAGUUUUAUAUUUUUAAAGUAAAUUAGUUUAUUUUUUUAUAAAUUAUUUUGCAAAGUUGGUGCAGGGCUUGUGAAAAGGGUUCUAUCUUUUUUGCAUAAACUUUUAAAAAAGGCUCUGUCUAAAUAGGGUUAAAGUUAAAGUAUUAGUGUUUUACAUAAAUAAAGAGUUUAAGGUUCAUAGUCAGUCAUGCAUACAGUGCGCACAAUUAAUUUUUUUGGUUCAAACUUUUCACAUUAAAAAUGUGCGCACAGAGACUAGAAAAAUUAAAGGCAGCAUGGAUUAGUGGUUCAGACUCCACUGAGACAUGGAUUGCUUGACCUUUAUUGGCAAUUGUAUUUUAAUACUACUACAAAGGGCAGAAAUAAUUUGUAUUUUAAAAAUAUAUUUCUUAUAACUUAGGCCCCAUUAAAUUUAUAAUAAUUUAAUUUAUAAAUUCUAUUUAGCUGCAGGUCUGUACUAUUUAGCAGAACUUGUUGAAGAGUAUACAGUUAUUGCUGGAAAGUCAAUAAAGUAUCUAGUUUAUGUAAGUAUUUGUAUACUAAAAGCAUCCUGGAAAAAAGCAAAUUAUCGCCUAUUUAAACUUUAAGUUGUCCUACUAACAAGAUUAAUUUGGAAAUUUUAAUAUUUGCUAAUUUGCAUUAUCUUUUAACUUGAUCUGCUAUCCUUAAUCAAUAAUUAGAAUUUAAUUUAUAACUAAAUGUCUGUUUAAUUUUGGUUUUAGUUUUGUCAAAUAGAGUUCUGAAAACUUUUAUAAGUUAUUUUGGAAUUUUUUUUUUUACAUUUUAAUUUUACCACUGAUUUUGCUUGUCCCUUGAUUAAGUUGAUUAAAGAGUGUUUUUCAUUAUCACAUAUACAGUGUACAAUAUGCAUCUACAUUGGCAUGCUGAUAUUUGAAGACUUCAGUAUCCUGAUGAUUGUUGGUGGGCUGUGCAGCUGUGUGGCUCACUUAUUCAUUCUUCAGAAUUUCCCCUAUUUUUUCUUAUCGUCACCAUCUUUUAUCAGUGCAGUUGGUAUGAGAUAAUUUUUUUUUUACUCUGUAUCAGAGACUUUUCAAACAUUUGAUAUAUAUUAAUAUAUAUAUGUUUUGGUUGUUAAUUUUGUUUUAAAUUGCAAACCCAAUAUCAGUUUAAGUAAUUAAAAAUAAUUAAAUAUAUAAUCUGUUUUAAUAAUUAGAUUACUAUUUAUAUUAGCUUUUUAAAAUUUGGUUUUCCUCUGACACAGAUUGAAAUAUUGAUAAGAUGAUAAGCGCCAGUUUAAAGUUCAAAUCAGGAAAAAAAUUAUUUGUCAAAUUUAAAAAUUGUUUUAUUACAAUACCGUAUAUCACCUUUGGUUGAUACACUUGACUGCAACAGCUUCUAAAUAUUAUUGUAAUAUGAUUGAAUUGUAUCAGACUUGAUUAAUGUAAUUUCCAGUUACAAAAACCAGUUUGUUUGUUAGAAGCAGAUUACACAUCUGCAAAGACACUACCAAUUGGGAUUUCAUUCUUUCUAAGUGGCAGUCAACAAAGAAUAAAAAAUUUAAAUUUUUUAAAAAUAACCAUUGUUCCAUGAAAAAUGUAUUAUAGACUUGAUUGUAGCUGACCAACAUAUACGUGUGCCAUAUUUUAUUACACUUACAUCAAGUAUUGGCAUACCAUGAUAUUAAAAAAAUCAUUUAUCUAAGAAUAGUAUGGUAGAACCCCUCUAAGAUGCAAACAUUGGGGUCCAUAAGCUUGCAUUAAUAAUUGGGUCGCAUUAUAGUGGACUUUCACAAUAUUGAGGGCAAACAGCGCUGGGAUUAUUAAAAGCAGAAAGAUAAGUUAAUUUUUUUUAAAAAAGAUAUGUGACUCUGCUGUCGGCUACAAUGGGUGGCUUUUGCUUGAAUUGGCACAUUUACAGCCCUGUAUUUCUUUGGCACAUCUGGGUGACCAAGGUUUUCCCUACUUCAUCUUUGCAUUCAUGUCUGGCUAUGCAUACAUGCCCUAUAAUCCAUACUAUAACAUGACCUUUUCUGUUUCUGUCUGGAUUUUGUCUACCAAAUCCAAGAUAGUAUUUACAAUAGCUGUGUCUAUCCAACCCUUUCCCACUGUCUUAAGGGCCCAGAAAUGAUAAUUACCAAAUGAUAUUUGAAGCUUUAACAAAAACCUAUAAUCUGAUAAUUAUUUUACCAUUCUUGAUGUAUUUAUACACAAUGCACACACACACACACACAUGUAUAUAUAUAUAAGAGAAAUAUAAUGUUUUUGUUUUAAAUGAGAAAGUCUUAUACACUAUGUGAUAGAAACUUGUGUUUCUUAAUUAACAGAUAAUUAAAUUAAUGUUUAAUAUCUGAGGGAAAUAUAUAGAUAGAUAUAUUUUUUUGUUUUUGUAAAUAUUGUUUUUAAUGAUGUUCCAUUAGAAGAAACAAUUUUACUUAGCACUUCUUUUUAUCAUAAGUUAAACAUUCUGUAAGGAUAAUGAGUUUAAUUAUCUUGUCAUUUAUGCAUUGUGUAAUAUUAAUUUUUUUUUUUUUCAACAAAUUUCUUUAUAAAUAUUUUUCUAAUCCUUAGUCCUUCUUUUGGUCAAUCACUACCUGGCAUUUUCUCACUUUUCAACAAACUGGUAUCCAUUCUCAGAGGUAAUUGUGGAGUACAAAAUGUGGCAUAAAAUUGGUGCACAUUGUUGUUUGUUGUGUUUGAUGCAUUUUAUUAGUUAGAACCUUUGUGGAAUGUUUGUUGUCAAGGCUGUUAGGUCAUUUAUGUUUCAGUGACUUUGUAUUUUUUAUUAUGGAAGUGUGUGCACAGCAUAAGAUAAGUAGUUAGAACAAAAUGAUUAGUUAUAUCAGAACUUUUGUAUAGUUAGGUGAUCAUCUAUCUUUUUUGCAAGUUGCAUAAGGUAAAUUAUUAAUUAUAGUUGGCAGUUUAAUAUUUUUAUAUCUACAUUUGUAUAGGCAGGAGAUGUCGAGAGAAUGGCAGGCAGCUAACCACCUAGUUAAGCAGUUACAUUAAAUAAAAGAUGGUUAUCCAGAGGGAUCCUGUUUUAUUUAUAAUCGUAAUAUCGUGCAAAGAACCUGUAGAAUAUUUGUCCCCUAGACAAACAAGAGAGCCUUAUCUUUAAUGAAGUGAAAAUUUAUAGAAGCCACAUCAUUUAUACAUGAUACUGCAGUUAAAUUAAGAAAUAACUAUCUGUAAUGCUUUUCGUUAAAAUAAUUUUUUAAUUAACUAUGAUCAAAUCCAACUGUUUUUUAUAAGGCAGUGAGUGUCUGUACAUUUUUUUUCUCUUUGUUAACAAGGUUGGAAAAAAAGUUAAUUUAAAUCAUUCUUUUAAAAAUGUGUAAAUUAUUAAUAUUAUUUCUUUUUAUAGGUGCUGGCAUACUUCACAAUGUGUUUGUGGUUAGUGCCAUUUGCUUUCUUCGUUUCAUUGUCUGCCAAUGAAUUUGUAUUGCCGACCACAUCCAGUGGUGGAGUUUUAGAACAAGGUAAUAUAUUUGAGGAUUAAAUUUUAAACAAGGUUUGGUUUAUGUUACCUUUCUCUAAACAGGUUUGAUGUAUAUUGUGAUAUAGCUAAAAAUCCUGUUAGAUCGUCUUUUCUACAAGCAGUAUGCUUAUUUCAAGUGACAGAAAAUCUUAAAAUUCUAAAACAAAUGAAGUUUAAAAAAAAUUAAAAUAAAAAGAUUGUUAACAAAAUAAAAUUGUUUGAUGUCUCUUUUUAAGGCUUAGUUAAAAAUUGCCUUUUAAUUUCUCUUUUUUGACUAGGAAAAUGUGUAUGAUGUCCAUUUUUAUAAAUAUUUCAGAUGACAGUGAUGUAGUAAGCAACUAUUUCAGAAAGAAUAAGAAGAAACUGGGCCUUUUGUCAUUCCUUAAAACAGCCCAAGAGAGUGUUCUCCCUCAAAGAAUGCGAAAACAAUUUUAAAAAGAUUGAAAUUAUCAUGCUGGUCAUUAAUUUUUUAUUGUAAAUAGUUUAGUAUGUGACUUUCAAUACAAAACUACACAUCAUAUUGAAAGAGAUUUAUAUUUUAGUAAAGUGAAAGCAUAUUAAGACUUUAAUACAUUUGUCUGAUGCAAAUGCAAUCAACCCUAAAAAUUAGCAAGCACAAUUUAGUAAAGAUUUUUUUGCUCCAAGCAUUAAAAUAUUUAAUAGUCUUCAAAUUAAAAUCAAAUGCUGUAGUGGUUUAGUGAAAAAUCAAAUGCUGAAGUGGUUUCGUGAAUCAUAGUCUUUAUUAUUUUACAUUUUGCAAAAAAAAAUUAUGUAUAAUAUUUGUGCUUUGAAAAUCUAAGGUAAAAAUAAGACAAUUUUAGAAAUUCAUAUUUUGAAUGAACUAUUGAAUUUUUAAACAUUUCAGUGGACUCUUCACUGUGAAACAAAAAAAUUUUUUCUUUCUAUUUUUGUAGUAAGGUUUAUUUUUUUUAAAUGUCAGUUAUUAUAGUCAGUAAUAGAAAGCUAAUUAUAAAAUAGAUACAAAUGUUUGUGUUUUUUAAAAUAUAUUUUUUAAAUUUAUUAUGCCCUCCCCAGGUUUUUUAAUUAUUUGUUUUAGUUUUUGAAUCAGUGUAUUUCUGAGCAGCUUGAAUACUGAUUGCUUUGUGAAUGAUAGUUUAUUAUGAUGUGUUCAUUUAAAUGUGCCUUUUGAUUGCAUGGCAGUAGUGUAUUAUUUGUCGUAACAGCAUGAAAUAGUCAGGUAAUCAAUUAAUAAUCUUUUUUAAAAUAACAAUACAAUUUUUAAAGUGUUUAUUCAUAAUCUAUUCAUUAUGAGUUCCUGAGUGCGACUUGAAGCUUUAAGAAGUGACAAUAUUUUUUGUGUUUAUGAUUAAGUCAAAUAUGUACAUGUGAGGAGUUUUUUUUGUUAGACAACUUGUUCAAGUUAUUUCUAUGAAUUUUAAUCUAAUAUUCUUUUUGCAGAAAAGUGGAUGAGGUCGAUUUAUAUUGUUUUAAUUUAAUAGAAACUAUUUAAAUGUAUGUCAAGGAGUGAGUGCAUCUGGCAUUAAUUUAAAAAAUUACGAAUGAUUUAAGUUAUCUUAAAAUUUCCAAAUAUAAAUUGUGUGUGUUUUGAUGGAUUUCAUAGUUUUAAAGCAAGAAUUCUUCAAUCACUGUUCCCUUGAAUUUUUUGUAUUGAGUUGCUUCUUUUUAUUUGAAAAGUUGUAUUUGUAAAUAUUCAUCUUAUUUACUUUUCAAACUGGUUUAGAAAUAAACAUGUUUGAGAUUUAGUUGCCCAAGUGUUGUAAAUUUGGUUACUUUUCUUAUAAUUAUAGUUUCAGAAAAUUUUAGCAUUAUUUUAAUAAUGUUCCUUUUGUAAAUAAACCUUGAUUAUGUUAAGACAUUGAAUACAAAUGUUUACAAAUGUUUAUAUUUCUAUUUCCUUAUUUGAUUUGUUCUAAAUAUUUAACACUAGUUUAAACACCAGGUUUAAAAAAACAUAUUUUAGAGUGGAUUUGAUUAGCAAAAAAGAAAAAUUAAAGUCAGAAAUAAAAAUUUUAAAGUGAUAGUUACAUUUGAUGGAUAUUUUUCUGUAGGAUGUUGCAGGGUUGAGUUAAAGUGAUAGUUACAUUUGAUGGAUAUAUUUCUUUUGGAUGCUGCAUGCCUCAGUUAGAAAUGGUUUACUAACAAUCAUUUAUUGGUACCAGAGUUGGAUCAUGACAAUACAAUGAAAUGAAAUCCAAAUCCAUUUGUGAGUGUAUUAAUUUGAUAUUUAAAUUAAUGGGUUCAAGUCUCUGUCAUACACUUAUAACUUUUCAUUUAAGUUGUAAGUUGUUUAUAAAUAAUUUGAUAAUCUGCAUUUAAUAAAAAAGACAAACAAAUAUGAUAAAACUCUCACAUCUUUAAAAAAAAAUAAACUCACAUAAUUACCUUUUUAGCAUCUCUUUUCUUGCUUGUUUGAUGUCAUUAGUUAAUAGCUUUGAACAAGCAAUAAUUGUACAAUGAUAACUUUGAGGUAUAAAUUAGAUUAUAAAAUUAUUUAGAUAUUUACACCAAUAAAUAU